GCGCAUUGCUCGAAGCUGUCCAUGGCGACCGUACAGUACUGGUACCUACCGGUAUGGUAUCAAUAAACCUGUAGCAAACGAGUUGGUUGUACAAGUGCGGUGUAGAACAUAUACUGUAGCAAUGAUAAGGUAGCAAAAGAGAGCGCAAGCAAGCUCAAACACGAACAUACUCUCACCGUACCGUGCCAUGAAGACGAUCAUCUCUACCAUAACUCUCCUUUUCCUGGCUCCAUCCAUUGAAGGAAAGCUUGGAGCAUCGUUCCGCCAGCUCCAAAAGCAGUGUGCUGUCGCGGAUGAGAAUGGGUACCCCAUCUACAAUUUCGAAAACAACUACUCCAAGCGAUUGCUCUAUGUUAGCAGCGAUGAAAGCAGAGUCGGAGGUUUUCUCAACGGAAACAAGGAGUUCGAGAGCAAUCAGUGGAUUCUCCAUGCCCAAGACAAAUGCCCCUCUACAUACAAGGGACCUGCCAAGACUUGCUAUGCUCUCUACAAUCGUGCUACCAUGGAGAGGUUGGCGAUAGAGGAGAACACCAAAGGCUGGCAAGGUGGAAUAUACAUGGUUGCGAACAGCAACCUUGGUGAUGUGAACAUCCCGGCAAAUGAGAUAUUUGCAUUGGAGGAAAGGAUAGAGGAAUGCAAAGGCGUUGAACCCUGCAAUUUAGUUACCAUUAAAAAUGCUGGAACCAAUGGUCGCCGUCUCUUUGCUCAGAAUACAGGAGAUAAGUUGAAGAAUUUUGGUGCUGGAGAUGGGGGCCAUGUGUACGGCGACCAGAAAUGGAAAGCCAAGCCUUUGUGGCGCGAUAUCUAAUUUCCCUUCCUGCCCCCGGGUCGAACGGAAUUUGGUUAGUUUUACUAGAGUAACAAGAAAUUUAGAAAGUAUCACGACAACACC